AUGAAAAGUGUGCUGUGUAUCUGAAUUCAGCAAAAAUCAACUCUGUUUUAUUAAUUCACUGAGGAUUUUUUACCUGCCCAUUCAUUACCCACCAUUGUGUUGAAGUAGAGAGACUUUGCAGGAAAAAGAACUGACUGCGGUUGUAAAUUACAAAAGAUUCAGAUUAAUAAAUUCCAACGUUGUGAGCAGUUGAAGAAAGUAUUACUUCUGUUUUAAUUAAAGAAAAACUAUUUGUGCGCCCACUCUUCCCACUAUUGUAUUGUAAGAACGUGUUUUUUUUUUUUGUUUGCGGUGACCAUUGUUCCAGCGGCACUACGUGUGAUUUACAACAAUAAUUAUUUCUCUUUGGUUUGUGCCAGUUCUUUUCUUUCAUUUUCUUUUUUAAAACACAAUGGUUUUGGCGGAACGUAAUUCAGAAUUAGUACGUAAUGGCAGACGUUCGCGUGGUCCUAGCCCAAAUGGUCAUGGCGCUAGUUCGGGUAGUGCUAGUGGCACGGCUGGUGCUCCCGGUGGCACUGGCACUCCCGAAACAAGUUCAGAUGAUGACAAUUCCAUCAAACGUAAUGGUAAAUCAAAAGCUAAACAAAGUGAAUAUGAAGAAAAAAUCCGCGUUGGUCGUGACUAUCAGGCAGUGUGUCCACCUUUAAUACCCGAACCGGAUCGAAAACCUGAAGUUCUUAAUGAUCGUGCUCUGCUUGUUUGGUCACCCACUAAAGAUAUUCCCGAUACUAAGCUUGAGGAAUACAUAUCAGUUGCCAAAGAGAAAUAUGGUUAUAAUGGCGAACAAGCUUUGGGUAUGUUGUUUUGGCAUAAACAUGAUUUAGAAAGAGCAGUAAUGGAUUUGGCAAACUUUACACCAUUUCCCGAUGAAUGGACCGUUGAAGAUAAAGUACUAUUUGAACAAGCAUUUCAAUUUCAUGGCAAAAGUUUUCAUCGUAUACGUCAAAUGUUACCCGAUAAAUCAAUAGCCAGUUUGGUUAAAUAUUACUAUUCAUGGAAAAAGACACGACAUCGUCAAAGUGUUAUGGAUCGUCAGGAGAAACUAAAAGCCAACAAAGAGGGUGGUUCUUCAGAAAACGGUAGUGACAAUGGCAGUAAUGAAGAAUCCGACAAUGAUGACAAGGAACAAACCUUGUCAUCAUUACAAGCAGGAAAUUUAAUUGAUCAAACUAACGAUGCCGCCCAUUACAAUAUGGUUGGUGGUGAAGGUGGUGUUGGUGGCAUUGAAAACGAUUCGAAUCACAUUUCAAAUAAUAUUGCCAAUAAAUCCCAACUGCAUUCUUUAAAUCCUCCGUCCCAUAUAAAUAACGAUUCCAUUAAUUCGAAUGGCAUACAAAAUGUCAAUGCAAAUAAUUCUACGUCUAUGAAUUCCAAUUCCUCCUCUUCUACCAGUGCCGCUGGCUAUUGUUCAAAUUGUGGUGUCGCCUGUAAUAUAUUGAAUAAUUCGCCACAUGGUAAACUUUGUUCCAGUUGCCAUCAUCAUUGGAGACGCACUGGCAAUAAACGUCCCACUUCGGGUCCAUAUUUUAGCAAAAGAUCUCGUGACCGUAAUGCUGAACGUCAUAAACGCAAACCUCCUCGUGGCAUGUAUAUAAAUCAUGAUGAUAUUGUCGCUCUGGCCAGUGCUAAUGAUAAUCAAGAUGAGUUACUGGCAAAUAUUGAUCGUGAAAUUGUCUCCCUCUUAAGUCAAGUACAGUUGAAUAAGCAAAAUAUCUCGGCAUUAAAACGUAAAAACUCUGAUAAUUUGGAAGAGAUACGACCAAAUGAAAAUACAAAUCGCAUUAAUGCACGAUGGACUAAUGAUGAAAUUUUAUUAGCUGUACAGGGAGUGCGAAAGUAUGGUAAAGAUUUUCAAGCAAUUGCUGAAACUCUGGGCACUAAAACAGAAGCUCAUGUUAAGACAUUUUAUGUAAAUCAUCGUCGUCGCUAUAAUCUAGAUCAAAUCAUUAAGAAAUUCGAAGCCGAAAAGGAGGCUAAUGCUCCAGCCAACUCGGCCAAUACUACUACCUCAUCGUCAUCAACCUCAUCUUUGAAUGCCAACACCAAUAGUAGCUCUACAAAUGCAGAGCCAAUAAGUGGAGUUGGUGCAAGUGCCAGUGGUAAUGUGAAAAAAGAUGACACCACCACAGCCGGUAGCAGCAGCAGCACUCAAUUGAAAAAGAAAGAAAUCGUACCUAAUAGUGUUAAUGAAGAAUCGGAUAAUACAACAUCGAGUGAAACUGCUAUUUCAAAAUCAACGAUUUCCACAAUCACCACUACCACAGAGGAACGUAAAAGCGAGAGUAGUUUGAGUGGCGUCUUGGCUGCCAAGGAUAAUAUUAUAUUAGAGAUUGAUUUAGAUGCCGAACCAACGGAGAUACAGCCACCUUCAGCUAAAAGGAUUGCCUUGAGUGUUUCAAAUCAGGAUUUUCCUAAAUCAAGUCCUGCUUAAAAUAAACUGCUUAUGCAGAUUAUACUUUUACAUUUAAUUACAACUAUAAAACAUAACUAUACAUACAAUAUGAUAAAUAUACAUACAUAAAUAUAAUUUAAUAUUAUACAUACAUACUUACCUUAUGAUAAGAAAGAAAACAUGUUUAAUACUUUGGAAAACAAAAAAACAACAACAAAAAUUUUAAGAAAAUAUUGCUGGUUCAAGACAUAACAAAAUUAAACAUUUGAGAUAAAAAACACUUAUGCAAACUUAAUAACAAUUUAAACAAACAAAAAUAUUUGCACUAUUCUACAAACAAAAUUUAGUACAUAUUUUAACUGUUUGCCAUUCUAAAAAGAAAGAGUUUUUUUUACUAAAUUUUAAAACGACUACAAGAACAAAAAACACUUAUUUUUAAAUCAUUUUCUAUAGUAAUAUUAAUUUUAAGCUUCUGUUUUUAUUUUCUGUUUUAUUUUUCUGGCUAAACGGUCUUCUGUCCCUCUUUUUUGAUUUGUUAUCUUGGUUAUUUUAUUUUUAAUAAUUAAUAACUUGGAAUUAUUUAGUUUCUCUUUUAGAAUAAAAUUGUUUUUAUUUUGCUGUUUUUACUUUAAAGCAAAUUUUAUGUUUUUUUCUUAAUCCUUUUAAAAUUAUUCUUAAAGUUGGAUUUUUUGUAUGUAAUAAACAAAAAAAAAAAAAAAAAACGACAAAGAACAAACAAACAACUAUACACCAUAUUAAUUAAUUAUAAAUCAAUUGAAACAAUUAAAUUUAUUAAUACAUACAACUACAUUCAUACUAAAAAUUUAUUAUUCUAAUUCAAAAAAAAAAAAACUAAAAAAUAUGAGAGAAUUGUAUUCUUAAACAAAACUGAUGCUGUGCUGCUGUAUACUCUGUCAGCCACAGAUGUAUUUAUAUAAAUUUAAAUUAAAAUUUAAUACUUAUGUUGUAUACAAUAUAAAACUUAUUAAUUACAAAUAAAAAUAAA